AUUUAUAAAUGAGAUGAGGUAGAGUAAGUAGUAGGUUAAUAACUACAGUAUCAUAAUACCCACCUCCCUAUCAGGAUUCUUUAUUAUCUAGUAUAAUAAUUCGUUAUAGAACAAGAAAUUCUAGAACCACACGUGCUGUCGCGUCUAAGCAUUCCAAGGUGGGCAGGUGGUAAGUCUUAUAUGAUUCAUUGAUAAUGCUUCCAUGCUGAUUAUUCCUAAGAUAUUCAUGCCCGGAUAUUCAUAUCCAUAACUUUACACCUCACCCCUCUUCACUAUCUCAUCGUCAUGGCUUUUAAGAAUGUUGACUACUCCCUUUAUCUCGUGACAGACUCUACACCUGCUAUUCUUGGUAAUAGAGAUCUUAUUGAUGUAGUAGAGGCCGCUAUCCGUGGGGGUGUUACUAUUGUGCAAUAUCGAGACAAAUUCAGCGACACAGCUGCUCUUAUUACUACUGCAAGGAAAUUACAUACCGUCACACAAAAAUACAAAGUUCCGCUUCUAAUCAAUGAUCGAAUCGACGUUGCUCUUGCCAUUGGAUGUGAAGGUGUACAUAUUGGUCAGGAUGAUAUGGGUAGGUCCUUUGCCACGAACAACGUGAUAAAUGUUCUUUUCUUCUCAUGUCUCUAACUUUAAUUUAGAUCUGAAAACGGCGAGGAUACUGUUGGGUCAGAAGGCAAUUAUUGGAGUAACAGUAUCCAGUGUUGAGGAGGCAAUGAUGGCAUCUGAAUAUGGCGCAGAUUAUUUGGGAAUUGGCACCAUGUUCGCUACACCAACGUAAGCAAUGCCGUGGCGAUUCAACAAGCAGUUUCAGCAUCGAAAAGCUACGAAGAGAUCAAGCGAUGCCCCUUUUACAGGAUAAAUCACAACACUCGACCUCGUUUUUUAGCAUGAACAAAGUCUCUAUUCGACCUUAGUCUUACGCCAUUUGCUCAAGAUGAUAAGAUGAAUUCUGAUUGCAGUGAAAAUAGGAAAACCAACACCAAAGAUAUCAUUGGAACUGCUGGCACGAAGGAAAUUCUACAUUCUUUGCAGCAGUCAGGAAGCCAAGUGCAAACUGUUGCUAUAGGUGGAAUUAAUUCAUUGAAUCUGCAGCGUGUUUUGUAUCAGUCAGCAGCAGAGGGAAAGCAGCUCGACGGCGUGGCUAUCGUCAGUGCCAUAAUAGCAGCACAAGACGUUGAACAGGCUGCCAGUGAGCUUGCCGAGCUUAUUCGAACUCCGGCACCAUUUGCUUCAGCACAUAUCCCGAAUGAUCAGACGAAGAAAGACCCUUGCGAUCUCUUAUUACAGGUUCCAGGCGUCAUAGGGCAAGUUGCUAAGAGAACGCCCUUAUCUCACAACAUGACAAAUCUUGUGGUACAGAACUUCGCCGCCAAUGUGGCUCUGGCAAUAGGUGCGUCACCUAUUAUGGCAAAUUAUGGAGAAGAGGCUCUAGACCUUGCAAGUCUGGGAGGGGGUUUGGUCAUUAAUAUGGGAACGGUUACCCCUGAAGGUAUACAAAAUUACUCAAAGGCUCUAAAGGCGUACAACAAAGAGGGAGGACCAAUUGUACUCGACCCAGUCGGUUGUGGGGCCACUGCUGUAAGGCGCUCGGCAGUUAAAACACUUCUAGGUGCUGGUUACUUUGAUGUCAUCAAGGGAAAUGAGGGAGAAAUCAAGACCGUGUUAGGCUCAACUAUUCAACAACGAGGCGUGGACAGUGGCGCGAGCAUGUUGAGUCUCACGGAGAAAGCAAAAAUAGUGCGUGAUUUGGCAUUGAGGGAGCGGAAUGUGGUAUUGAUGACUGGAGCGGUUGAUAUCUUGAGUGAUGGAUUACGUACUUUCGCAAUAUCAAAUGGCCAUGAAAUCCUAGGUAAGAUUACGGGAAGCGGCUGUGUUUUAGGUACCAUCAUCUCAGCAACGUUGGCUGUCAAUCGUGGAGAUAAGCUUCUGGCUGUACUGUCAGCAUUGCUUCACUAUGAGAUUGCAGCUGAGGUAGCAGCUGUACGUGAUGAUGUGAGAGGUCCGGGUACAUUUGUUCCGGCGCUGAUUGAUGAAUUGUACAUCAUACAGAAAGCAAAUUCGGUGUGUGAUUUGCGAUGGCUUGAAAAGGCCAGAGUUGAAGCCAUGCUAUAGAGAUAUCCUACCAUAGACCACGAUGCUGGAAUGUGUACCUGAGUGAAUUCCCAAUGCUUAUGCAAUUUUGACACUUUAA